UGCAGCUGCCACUGCUCCACUGGCUGUCUUGCUCCCAGGCUGGAGGAGGAGGAUGUGGGAUGGAAGGACCAGGAUUCCAUUCACUUUUUAGAUCUUGCCUUGUGGGGAUUUCCGUUGCAGGAGUGUGGAAGGAGAAGGUGGCCUAUUUUUGUAACAAACCGGAGUAGAAUAAGGAUGGCGUUCUAGUAUUUAUUAUAUCUUUGAGGUUUUUUGGGGGGGGGUGGGAGGGUUUGGGAACACGGAUAGAGUGAAAUAAAGUUUUUAGAGAGGGGUCCGACUAGUGUUGCAAGUUGGUGAGGGACUGCUAUAGGAUGACCCCUGUUAUAGUGACAGGUUGAUCAUUAGUCAAGUACAUUGGAGGGCAUUUCAGUGAAUGUCUCUUUGCAGCACAUCUUCCAAUGCAAAUAUGAUGGCGGCAUAUAAUGGGGGCACAUCAACAGCAGCUGGGGGUCACCACCAUCAUCAUCACCAUCACCUGGCCCAUUUGCCCCCUCCCCACCUACAUCAUCAUCACCACCUCCAUCCUCAGCAUCAUAUGCACCCAGGCUCAGCAGCAGCUGUACACCCUGUUCAGCAACAUGCUUCCUCUUCAUCAGCUUCGUCUUCCUCCGCUGCCGCCGCUGCUGCAGCAGCGGCGGCAGCAGCAGCAAUGCUGAAUCCAGGACAGGCUCAGUCAUACUUUCCAUCUCCAGCUCCAGGGCAAGCUCCAGGUCCUGCAGCAGCAGUAGCCCCUGCCCAAUUGCAGGCUGCUGCUGUAAAGGCUCAUCAUCAUCAUCAGCACUCUCAUCAUGCCCAGCAACUGGAUAUUGAACCUGAUCGUCCCAUUGGUUAUGGCGCAUUUGGAGUUGUCUGGUCAGUAACAGAUCCAAGAGAUGGGAAAAGAGUUGCUCUGAAAAAGAUGCCCAACGUCUUCCAGAAUCUAGUCUCUUGCAAGAGGGUCUUCCGAGAAUUGAAGAUGUUGUGUUUUUUUAAGCAUGACAAUGUACUCUCAGCACUUGAUAUUCUCCAGCCACCUCAUAUUGAUUAUUUUGAAGAAAUAUAUGUUGUCACGGAAUUAAUGCAGAGUGACCUUCAUAAGAUCAUUGUCUCUCCUCAGCCUCUCAGUUCAGAUCAUGUCAAGGUUUUUUUGUAUCAGAUUUUAAGAGGUCUGAAGUAUUUGCAUUCAGCUGGCAUUUUACAUCGAGAUAUUAAACCAGGGAAUCUUCUUGUGAACAGCAACUGCGUUCUUAAGAUCUGUGAUUUUGGAUUAGCAAGGGUUGAAGAACUUGAUGAAUCUCGGCAUAUGACUCAGGAAGUUGUUACCCAGUAUUAUCGGGCUCCAGAAAUCCUCAUGGGGAGUCGACAUUAUACCAAUGCUAUAGACAUUUGGUCUGUAGGAUGCAUUUUUGCAGAGUUACUUGGGCGAAGAAUAUUGUUUCAAGCUCAAAGUCCAAUCCAACAGUUGGACUUAAUCACUGAUUUGUUGGGUACACCGUCACUAGAAGCAAUGAGAACGGCUUGUGAAGGAGCCAAGGCACACAUACUCAGGGGUCCUCAUAAACAGCCAUCUCUUCCUGUCCUGUACACACUGUCCAGCCAGGCAACUCAUGAAGCUGUCCAUCUACUCUGCAGGAUGCUGGUCUUUGAUCCAUCCAAACGGAUAUCGGCUAAAGAUGCCUUGGCUCACCCAUACCUGGAUGAAGGCCGCUUGCGAUAUCACACUUGCAUGUGUAAAUGUUGUUUUUCAACUUCUUCCGGGAGGGUCUACACCAGUGAUUUUGAGCCUAUCACAGAUCCAAAAUUUGACGACACUUUUGAAAAGAACCUCAGUUCUGUUCGGCAGGUGAAAGAAAUAAUUCAUCAGUUUAUAUUGGAACAGCAGAAAGGAAACCGAGUACCUCUGUGCAUCAAUCCUCAGUCUGCUGCUUUUAAAAGCUUUAUAAGUUCCACUGUUGCUCAACCCUCUGAGAUGCCUCCAUCUCCACUGGUUUGGGAGUGAGAGUGGAAGACUUACUACUGACGACCAUUGUGUAGCUUUCCACUGGAGUCUGGGAAUUGCAAUUCUGGAGAGUGAUUGCGCCUGUACUGUAAUCUAACAAAUUAAGGUUAAAUCUACCAACCACUAUGUGUAAAAAGGUAUAUCAUAUUUAAGACAAAAGUGGUUACUGGUGACUUUCAGCUCUGCCGUUGGUGGUUGUUCUUCUGAAUGGAUCGAACUCAGAAUUGCUUAUUUUAUCAAAUAUAUGAUGUUUUAAGGCUCAGAACAAAUUGCACCAAAUGAUGUAAUAAAUGGGUUUUUUUUUGUAGAGGUUGGUUCUAGGUUUUUAAAUAUUAUUUUAUUUAUUUUUUUAAUUAAAGCGUGGCUGUGUGCAAAGCAUUUUUAUACUGAGCCAUUCCAAAUAAGACGACCCCCUGAAUUUUCUGCUAAUCCAAGCAACGAGUACGGAAAGAGAACGUGUUCUGGAGACCAAUCACAAAGCACUUCCCAUGAUGAAGAAUGACCAGGGGCUGACAAUGUCUGUAGCUUGACGUCCCUUUCCUAGUGCUGCACUAGAAACCAUGUUAUUUAUAUGUUCUGAGACCAGAAGGCUUUCGGCGGAGAGGAGUGUAUCUGUGACCAGAGGGAAUGGAAGUUCUCCCUUCCCAGUAUAAAUAUAUAAAUUAUAUAUUCUAUUUUUCUUAGACUUCUUUUUUUUCUUACCUUGAAGUCCUGGGCAUGCAUCGUUUCCAUCUGUGUAAAUAGUUCCACUGAUCAUCGGCCAUUUGUAAAGGUCCUUUUUAAUGUCCGGCUGUAUAAAGGCGAGAUAGCUUGCACAUUUUAGAUUUGAAAAAAAGAAAAAAGGUUUUUGUGACUCCCCCACCCCGAGCCCCACCACCUCCUACACUGGACAGCUCAAAGGCAAGGAAAGGCGGCAACCCUGAGAACUGAGGGAAAACCUAUGUUUGUGUAGGCUAGAAGACAUGGAAAUGUCACAGCUAAAGAAACCUAUACUUUCCAUCUUCUUUUUAACACUGAAAUCUCCUGUGCAUAUGUAUAUACAGACACAACUUAAGGCCUCUACCUCCUGGAGUUGACAGCUCAGCUUGUUUCACUCCAAAUGAUUAUUUUUUAGCUUCAGUGUGCAGACUUGAAACUUGAAUGUUCCUUCCAGUUUUUCUAUGAAAGCAUAUUCCACUCGCGCAACACAAGAAGGCAGAAGAUCACUCUCACCGUUAUUAAGGAAUUACUUUGGAUCCCCCCCCCUCCCAGAAAAACAAAUCAACAUGUUGGUGGUCUAUGUAGCGUACUAUUAACUGCUAAACUUAUUGUCAUUUAUCCUAGAAGAAUAUUUUAUUUUUGAUCCUGAACAAGCUGAAUUAGAUAGGAGGACAAUAAAUUAAACCUAAUUGGAUUUUUUACCCUUUUUUUGUUUUCAAGAUUUAUUGUAUGGGAAGUUUUUGUUUUUCAACUUCAAUGAAGUCAUUUUUCUUUUGCUGUGAAAACCAAUGUGUGUUUGAAUUCCAAAUAUCAGAGAUAUGAAGUCUUUCUUUCUUUUUUUUUUUUUUUUUCUUAAUUACUUAGUAUUCUUUUGUAUGAAGCGGCUCCUUAAACAGACGCCCUGACGGGAGUGUUUUUACUUUGGGUGUAAGGAAAUAGGUGUCACCAGAAGGAAACAAUAAGCAAUAUGGAGCCCAAGGCUGGCUGAGGAAAGGUGAAACCUGACAAUGGUGAUUUGAGAUAUUUGCUGGUCACUUUGUAAAAUGUAGAUUUGAAGUUCAGUGGUGAAAACAUUAAAUGUGUCAUUUAAAAAAAAAAA